AUGAACACUCUACUCGCCGACGAGGGGAUUUCGUACCGUCAGAUGCAGGUCCUUGCUUGGCUCGCCAUGGAGGGGGACCAGUCCCAGGCGGACCUGUCGCGUUGCAUGGGCGUCGAGCCCCCCACCGUCGUGUCGGUCAUCGACCGUAUGGAGCGCGACGGCCUCAUCGAGCGCAAGGCGUGCCCCGACGACCGCCGCAAGCGGAUCAUCAGCCCCACCGAGAGGGCGCUACCCGUGUGGGAACGGAUCAUCGGCUGCGCGAAACGCAUCAAUCAACGGGCCACGAAGGGCCUCACGAAGAGUGAGAUUGCGACGCUCCGUUCGCUGCUUGAGCGGGUUCACACGAACCUUGAGGGCGACUAA